AUGGGGAGCACACAGUUUGGUAAUUUUGAGGCGUUUUGCCGCGACUCAACUUUGCCAGUAUGCAAUCUACUGUCAUCGAACCACAACCAAUCGGGGAAUUGGAGUGCUGAGGCGACAUGCGAGCUCACGGGCAUUCCUCUAAGCAACGGGCAGCAUCUCGAGAACUUAGGAUCCAUCUUGCUGUGCGGCAUUGCCAUUGUCACCACGGUAUUCCUGUUUUUGAAGUCGGAGAGGAAGAAGGCAGCCGUUGGGCGCCGGGAAAUGCAAUUGUUCCUCCUGGGAUACAUUGUCAUUUCGAUAUGUGAGAUCUUCUCCGUCGGGGGGUUCCAGCUGGGUCCCACAGUCAAAGUUGCGUUUUCGGCCAUUCACAUCGCUUUCAUCAUCGCCACGACGUGGGUCCUCCUUCUCAAUGCGAUCGUCGGCUUCCAGAUCAUUGACGAUGGAACACCGCUGUCCGUGGGGUUGAUGGUCAUCUCGUCUCUGAUUCUACUCGUCGGCACCGGCUACAUCGCGCUCGACACGGGUCUCAGCUUCACGGGCUACUGGUCCGACAGCUACGCCCUGCCCAAUCGGAACAUCGCCUUGUACGUGCUGUACCAGCUGGCUCCGCUCGUCUUCCUCGUUGCCUUCUUCGUCCUGGAGGCCGUCCUUGUCUUGAGAAUUUUGGGUGAGGUGCGCCCCAUGGCAUACCUUACCGCUGCUGGUGUCCUAUUCGCGUUGGGCCAGAUCUUCAACUACACAAUCAGCCCCUACAUCUGCAGGGGCACGGCAGGAAAAAUCGACGGAGCCUUGUUCGAGACCCUCUUCACCCUGCUCUCUGUCGUCAUGGUCUGGAUUUUCUGGUCGAGCAUCACGGAAGACGACUGGCCAAUCGCAACGGCGCCUGCUGGAUACGCAUAA